AUGAGUGUCAUUGCUGCUACUAAAUUCUUCAAUAAAUUCAAAAAGGCUUACAACAUGUAUUAUUACAACAGUCCAUUGCCUGUUUUAUCCAAAGGGGAAGCAUUUGUAUUUCAAUCCAUAAAUUUCUUAAUCUUAGCCAUUGGUAUCUAUUACACCAUCUUUUUCGUCCCAAUGGUUGUCACUCAAUCCACAGAAAAGAUCAUUUAUUAUUUGACUGGUCAACAUAUUAAUCUUUUCGGAUUGUUAACUUCUAGUUUGAAAUUAGUACAAGUUAAUCAUCAUUCCCUUGUUAACAAUAUAACACUAGAUAAUGGUUCUAUUUUGAAUCAAUACCAAUAG